GUCGAUAGACCUCCUAUCCUUAUUAUUGAAGACUGAAAUAUUAGCGCGCACUUGAUACGCGGUGUCGUAAUUUCCUUUGUAUUUCAUAGUUUGGGAUAAUUGAAUGGAACAUAACAGAGGUGUCUUUGCGUAACUAGAAGCGGUCUCGUGCUACCAGGACGCGGAUUCCAAGGACUUGACAACCCUCUAAUUUGUCUUAUUUUUGCGUUGUGCUGCUUUUUUUCACCAUAUCUCGAACUGUCUUGAUAUGUGUAGAAACAUAUGUGUUUACUCACGAAGCACUUACGAAUUUAAUUAAACGAGGUAUUUUGAAGAUCCUUUUUAUCCAAAUCGUCUCAGCACAAGAAAGACAACUUGGUAGUAUGGUUUACGUUUAUUCCUCAAAGCUACAAAGACGGUUAGAAUUUCAAGAGUCGGUGGUGGAUGCCCUUGGUUUUGAAGAUGAAACACCCAUAAAAAUUAGACAGGACUCGUGUAAUCUAGUUGUUGGUACUGAUUGUUUGGGAUUCGAAUGGAUAGACAUACCUUUGUGUCGUCCACGUGUUUGUCCUUUUGCUAUGUCUAACCGACGCUUCCUAGACUCAUAUGGGAAAUCUUGUCCCAAAUGGAUUCCUGUGGCGUGCUGCUGCCUUCUGCAUUUGUCUGGACUAGAUGGUCUGUUUCUCACUCGCAGACCGUGGCAUAUGCGAUCUUACCCAGGUGUCUGGGUUCCACCUGGAGGUCAUUGUGAAGCUAAAGAACCUAUUCAGGACACCGCAUUUCGUGAACUCACAGAAGAGUUAGGAUUACAUUCGUAUGGGAAAGAAAAUGUAAUGAAUGAAUGUACUAUUAAACCACUCUGUGCAUGGGAAGCUUCCUAUCCUUCUCGUUUAGAUACAGGAAUCGGAAAGUCUACUAUCUUUCCUAAAUCUCAUCAUAUGGUCAUAUAUUACUCUGUUAAUUGGUUUCGUUCUUCAACAUCUGUUUUAGAUUCAGAUGAUAUUCACUCAUACUUACCACAAUUUAACCUUGAAGUAAAUGAAGUAUGUGCAGCCGUUUGGCUCCCGAGACCUGUUCUCAAUAAAUUAAGUGAUGAUUGGAAGGCAUUUGAAAAACAUUUUCAAAAUCAGUCCACAAUCAGUAAUUCGGAAUAUCUUUAUCCCGAGUUAUCAACGAUGCCAUCCACUUUCCAGAUUGAUAAUGAUCAAACAGAAGUUUGGUAUUGGGGUGUAAACUCUCUUGAUUGGCAAUCGGUACCCGUGAAUCAACUUAUCUGUGGACUAACAUCAAGUCGCAAUCCAACUGUUUCACACAAUACCAGACCCGAAUCCGAAGUUGGUAAUGGACCUAGUCCUGUAACACUGGGGACAUUGUAUGCUAUUAGUCAUUGGCUUUCAUCAACCAGUACCAGAAUGUUUUCGACUACUGCUUAUACUUGUUGGGGUGAUCCAGAAAUCGCUUGCGAAAGAUGA